GGCGGGCGGAGGCGGGCGGAGGCGGGGGGCGGGGAGCCCGAGGGGUGGAAGCCGGCGGCGGCCGAGCGGGGUCAGUUCUCUGUAGUGUUUGCCAAUGUUGGAGCCGUCUGCAAAGUGUUCCCGGCAAGAAGAGGCUGCCUACUGCAAGGACUUUAGCUUACUUUUUAAAGAUUGAAGAAAAAAAAAGAAGAGAGAAAAAGAAGAACUCAAAGAUACACAAAGUAAUUUGACCAAGGCUCAGAAGUUUUGGGAGCCGUGAGGGAUACAGCAGUUUGGUCAAUAUUGUCUUAACAUGCUUCAAAUAAAUCAGAUGUUCUCAGUGCAGCUGAGUCUUGGUGAGCAGACAUGGGAAUCCGAAGGCAGCAGUAUAAAGAAGGCUCAACAGGCUGUUGCAAAUAAAGCUUUGACUGAAUCUACGCUUCCCAAACCGGUUCAGAAGCCACCCAAAAGUAAUGUUAACAAUAACCCAGGCAGUAUAACUCCAACUGUGGAACUGAAUGGGCUUGCUAUGAAAAGGGGAGAGCCUGCCAUCUACAGGCCAUUAGAUCCAAAGCCAUUCCCAAAUUAUAGAGCUAAUUACAACUUUCGGGGCAUGUACAAUCAGAGGUAUCAUUGCCCAGUGCCUAAGAUCUUUUAUGUUCAGCUCACUGUAGGAAAUAAUGAAUUUUUUGGGGAAGGAAAGACUCGACAAGCUGCUAGACACAAUGCUGCAAUGAAAGCCCUCCAAGCACUGCAGAAUGAACCUAUUCCAGAAAGAUCGCCUCAGAAUGGUGAAUCAGGAAAGGACAUGGAUGAUGACAAAGAUGCAAAUAAGUCUGAGAUCAGCUUAGUGUUUGAAAUUGCUCUGAAGCGAAAUAUGCCUGUCAGUUUUGAGGUUGUUAAAGAAAGUGGACCACCACAUAUGAAAAGCUUUGUUACUCGAGUGUCAGUAGGAGAGUUCUCUGCAGAAGGAGAAGGAAAUAGCAAAAAACUCUCCAAGAAGCGCGCUGCGACCACCGUCUUACAGGAGCUUAAAAAACUUCCACCUCUUCCUGUGGUGGAAAAGCCAAAACUAUUUUUUAAAAAACGCCCUAAAACAAUAGUAAAGGCUGGACCAGAAUAUGGCCAAGGGAUGAACCCUAUUAGCCGCCUGGCGCAAAUUCAACAGGCCAAAAAGGAAAAGGAGCCAGAUUAUGUUUUGCUUUCAGAAAGAGGAAUGCCUCGACGUCGAGAAUUUGUGAUGCAGGUGAAGGUAGGCAAUGAAGUUGCUACAGGAACAGGACCUAAUAAAAAGAUAGCCAAAAAAAAUGCUGCAGAAGCAAUGCUGUUACAGCUUGGUUAUAAAGCAUCCACUAAUCUUCAGGAUCAACUUGAGAAGACAGGGGAAAACAAAGGAUGGAGUGGUCCAAAGCCUGGGUUUCCUGAACCAACAAAUAAUACUCCAAAAGGAAUUCUUCAUUUGUCUCCUGAUGUUUAUCAAGAGAUGGAAGCCAGCCGCCACAAAGUAAUCUCUGGCACUACUCUAGGCUAUUUGUCACCCAAAGAUAUGAACCAACCUUCAAGCUCUUUCUUCAGUAUAUCUCCCACAUCGAAUAGUUCAGCUACAAUUGCCAGGGAACUCCUUAUGAACGGAACAUCUUCUACAGCUGAAGCCAUAGGUUUAAAAGGAAGUUCUCCUACUCCCCCUUGUUCUCCAGUACAACCUUCAAAACAACUGGAAUAUUUAGCAAGGAUUCAAGGCUUUCAGGUAUGAAUUAAAAGCAAAAACAAAAAACAGAACAAUUCAUUAGCCUCAGAUCCUUCAUCUCUAUCCAUCACAAGGCUCAUUCUUGCCUGCUAGUAUGGCCUACAUGCCACUUACAUUUUAAGUUAUUUAGGAACACAAAGGACAGACAAAAAAAGAGCCGUAUGCACAUGCCUCAUUUUCUCUUAUUUUUUAUCUGUCUAGUAAUUCUUUUGCUGCCUGUCUCUUCUCCAUUUUCCUUCUUCUUUUUUAAGCAUUUUUCAUACUCUUCACUGUCUUCCACUUGGUCUUGAUUAGGUGCAUCUGUCUCUUCACUCUGUCUUCCACAAACAAAAAUUCUGCCUUCAGACAUUUGGUGUUAGUAUUUCACACUCAGUUCUCCCUUUUUUACAUAAGGAUUGAAUUUCUUUUUAUGAUGAUUUUACCUUUAUUGUAGUUUUGAAUUUUGCAUUCUGUUGCUAGUAUUGAUUCAGGUACACCAUUAAGAUACAACAUUCUAGAAGUCUGUUACCUUAGGAGUUAAUUAAACAUGAUAUUUGAAGAAUAAUGAAAUGCUUUAUAGUUGUUUGAGGCAUAACAAUGUGUAUUUGUUUUACUGGAUCAUGUUUUGAACUGACUAGGGAGGGUAGCAUCUGCCUCAGAUGCUACCAACAAUUCUGUUUCACUGGGUAGUCUAAAACUAGCUUGUAGUUUAACUUAACUUGUGUAUGUGAAUUUAGGGAUGGAAACUUGUUUUCCCUUAUUUAUUCUUUGUUUCCUUUUGGAAAAAACCCCACAAAAAUCAGCACUCCUUUAUGGAUACAUCGGAACUUUUAAAAGAAUUGUUAACUCUAGGAAAGGGAAAUAUCUGUCUUGAUUUCUUAGUUGCCUUGAAAAUCAUGUACUGAACUGUAACCGCUAACUUGACUGGAUGAACUACAGUUUGCUUGUGUGUAGAGAGAGUAUUGCUUUCUCAGAUUUCACUGUUUUCAUCUCCUUUUCCAUCUUAGUCUUUAUUCCUUAAGACCAAAAACUGUAAUAUCCUUUAGAAAUGCUCUAGAAGAUCUGUAUUGUGUAGAAUGAUCAUGUAUUUAUAAAAAUUUUACAAGUCUAGAUUAUAAAAUGAAAAAGAAGGUCAUGUGUUUUGGGGAGUAUUUUGCAUGUUUGGAUUUUUUUUUUCCCUUCACCGAACACUUCUGAUUCUUUCAAACUAUUGCCAGGUAGUUGUUAGUGUUUUUAAUUGGACUCUUAAUAUGAACUUAAAGAAGCUGUUACCAGUUAUUGGCUCUGUCAUCUGAAAUUUUAACCACUUAAUUUAAAGUUAUAAUUUUAGAAUUUGUUUUUGUUGUUUUACCUUAAGAAACACAAUAAAUCACUGUUAAAAAAGAUCUCGAUUUAUAUAAAGUACUGGAAAAAAGCUAAGUAAUUUUUAGUUCUGUCUAUAAUCUGCAUAGGAUGAAUUAGAAAUAAAUUGUGAUGAAAAGAAAUUCACUGCUUAUUUAUGAAUCUAGUCAUUUAGAAAUGUCUGAGAGUAACACUGCAUUCUUAUAGAAACAAAGCACAAAUUGCAUUCAAGCUCUGAAUUGAUUUUUUUGCUUGGAGCUAUUGUUACAGUAGAUGUAAUUUUGCUACCAGAACAUCUUAAUUUUUUAAAUCUGUUUUUAUUUCUAAGCUCUUGGCAACGACAGUAAUUAUAAUUGUAACAUAUCUUCACUGUAGUCAACACGUAGAGUCUGCUUCCCUCAUUAUUGCAUUGCUUAAGCCUUUUUAAAAAGCUUAUGCUGACAAAAUAUACUCUUUUUUAUGGACACGUUAUACGUUUCCAAAUCUGUGUAUUGUGAUUUUUACAUACUAAUGAAUAUAAACAGGUGAUUUUAAAAUAUUACUGUGCUGCUUUGGUUGAAUGAGCUGGUAUUGAUAUAAAAUACUGUGUCACUGAUGGACCACUACCGGCAGCUAAGCAGUGAGCAGAAUCUCUGGGAAAUGGCUUAGUCCGGCCACAUGCAUAGCCCUUCUUAAUAAUAUUGCAGCAGAAGGUUCUUUGUGGUUACCCUCUCAGGUAUAUUUACCUGGUAGAAAAACAUGUAGAUUGUUUCUGUUACUUAAAUGUUUUAAUUGGACUGCAGUUUAGAAAUUAUAGGACCAGCUUGUUACAGAUUAUGUGCUAUUCUGUUACUUUUAUUUCGGAAACUUAAACACAAUAAAUUCUUUUUCUGUGUUUCUAGGUUAGAACUUUUUUAUUUUAUUGCAAACUGAACAGAUACUAUUGCUUAUUGAAUAUUGUGUAAACCCUUCUUUGGCUUUCCUUGCCCAUUCCAAUUUGAUUUAAACCUACUAGAGUCAUUGUAUGUGACAGCUAUAUUGUAUUACAAAGUAAAAAUAUGUGAGUGUAUUGAAAACAAAGUUGUUUUAACUUUUAAUUUUGUUUCAUCACCCAGUCUUUAAUUUGAAUUUAUACGUUACAGAAAGCUACUUUGAUCAACUGUAGGCAUCCAAGCUCAAAUUCUUUUAAACCUACAAAAUAGGUAAAAUUAUUAUACAAUUAAAGUUAUUAAUAAAACUGACUUAAGAGAGCAGAAUGUGACUGAACACUUGCACAUUCUCAGCAGUUUUUUUAUUCUUGUUUGGUCUCACCUAAAGUUUUUAUCGUAUUUUAGAAUCGAACCUUUGGGAUCUCUGUCAGAAAUGAAUGUUUAUUUCUUUCAAGUAUUAUCAAGUAUUAAUACAUUUUGUUUAUAUUCUUUUAAAUGUUUUAUUCAGUAGUUCUGUGAACUUCAGACUUUGUUGUUCAGGCUAAUCGUAUGCUUCUGUAACUUCUACACAUUUUAUAAGAACUCAUUCAAAAUUGUAGUCCUACAUAGUGUUUCAGGGUUCCUUGUUGUGUACUCUUUUAUUACAAUGGCAAAAUGUUUCAAAAUCAUUCAGCUUUUUAAAGAAACUUACUAUGCAAAAGACACUCUUGAAAUGCUGUGCAUUUAAACUGAAGUGAAAUAAUUUGUUUCAUGUUGUACUUUGCAUUAUUCUACAUUUUCACAUCUUUAAUACGCUUUUCUAUGCUAAUUAUAUUAGAUGUAAGUGGUUUCUUUGUUUAAACUAGUCAUUAAAAAUUAGGUUGAAAAUGAAA